AUUCCUUAAAGGCUUCCUGGAGCAUUUCUGGAGGCCUGGUGUCUUAUGGACUCGUGAUCUUCCAGCCUGUCACAUUGUCUUUGGCCGCAGCGCUCCCGUCGGCCCCACCGCGUUUGUCAUGGGUUGUUAACGGACACACGGAUUCCUUCGAAACUUUUGAGACCUCCGUCCCACACUUCAGUUAGCAUAAUGUGUCAGUAGCAGAUGAACACUCUUUAAAAGAAUUGUUUCCAAACACACAAAAGUGAGAGAAAAUAGUCAAGUGAGCCCUGACGCCUACAUAACCAGGGAGGUGCGGCUCCUGCGAAGACAAACAAAAACAUCUUUGGAAGUUUCUUUGCUAGAGAAAUAUCCGUGCUCCAAGUUUAUAAUCGCCAUAGGAAAUAAUGCAGUAGCAUUUCUAUCAUCAUUUGUUAUGAAUUCAGGAGUCUGGGAAGAAGUUGGUUGUGCUAAACUCUGGAAUGAAUGGUGUAGAACAACAGACACUAUACAUCUGUCCUCCACAGAGGCUUUUUGUGUGUUUUAUCAUCUCAAAUCCAAUCCCUCGGUUUUCCUCUGUCAGUGCAGUUGCUACGUUGCAGAAGAUCAACAGUAUCAGUGGCUGGAAAAGGUUUUUGGCUCUUGUCCAAGGAAGAACAUGCAGAUAACUAUUCUCACAUGUCGACAUGUUACCGAUUAUAAAACCUCAGAGUCCACUGGCAGCCUUCCUUCUCCUUUCCUGAAAGCCCUAAAAACACAGAAUUUCAAAGACCCUGCGUGUUGUCCAUUGCUGGAGCAACCAAAUAUAGUACACGACCUUCCUGCAGCAGUUCUUAGUUACUGUCAAGUAUGGAAAAUCCCAGCAAUUCUGUACUUGUGUUAUACUGAUGUGAUGAAAUUAGAUCUAAUUACAGUGGAAGCUUUUAAGCCUCUGCUUUCUACCAGGAGCUUGAAAGGUUUGGUUAAGAAUAUUCCCCAGAGCACUGAGAUACUAAAGAAAUUGAUGACAACAAAUGAGAUUCAGAGUAACAUUUAUACAUGAUCUUAAACAUUGUUUUGUAAUGUAGAUUACAUGUCCAUUUCUUUAAGGGGAGCAGCGGGCACUCUUUUGUAGAUUACUUUUGGGGAAUAUAUUUUGAGAAUGAUGAAACGGAAUAAAAUUUUAAAAAAUUAA